UUUUGGAAUAUGGCUGGAGCGGGAGAGCAGCGCCAUGGAUUCAAGAAAGCCAGGCCGGCGAGCUCUUCGAUCGAUCGCCGCGCAGAUUCCGACUCCGACCAAGGUGAUGAAGAUCGCCGCAAGCAUUCCAAGUUCUGGAUGCGGAAAUGGCUCGAUUGCCCGCUGGAUCAAGGUCUCAAGGACGCACUGAGGAGAGAUCUGGAGGAAAUCUGCGAAGAGAAUGUGGAUCCGGAUGUGAUCUCGGACGUCGAGGACGAAUGGGUCGAUUGUGACGAGACGGUGUUUGGAAGCCAGCUCGUCAAGAACCCGUUCGAAGAUCUCGAUGUCGAAGAGAUCAGUACAAGCCUUCCAAAUGCAAACUAUGUCAAGGCUGUGUUGUCCAAGGCUUGCAUGGUUUACGUGACCGACGAGACCUUGAAGUUCGAGGAGGAUCGCAAUUAGAGCCGAUCACGUCCCCAAAGAUCGUCCUUGUUGAUUCUUCAGUUGGAGCACAAGGUCUUAAGGAAAAACAUUCGCAUUCUUCCCAAUGUAAACGAAUAUAAUGAUUGAAGGAAGUGCUACGUCUGGUUGGUUCUGCUUGAGCUC